CUGUGGCAGCAGCUAUCUCGUCUCUUUGUCGGGUGGUACAGUACAGCUUAGCUCCCCGCCGCCCGCCCGCCCCCUCGGCGCUGGUGUGUGCUCCGCUGCUCUGCUUACACAAUAACUGUGCAUCGAUUGAGUCCAGCAAGAAGAGGAAGCAGCAGGACUAACUCUCGUUCGACAAAAGGAUUACGUUUAGAAAGCAAACGUGUGUGAUCAGUAUUUGUUGUCUUUGUCUCGUUCCAACGCGAAUCGAAUCGGUUUUUUAGUGCUGAAAACAAGUUCAAUACUGCUAAACGGGGUAGUUUUCUGCGAAAGCCCCCAAAACAGAAUUCGCAACGCCAAGCGCAAAAAUUGUGUAAUAGCACCCAAACGUGUAAAAGUCAAGACGCAAGAUGCCGGCCAAAGUAAACAAAAAGGAGAAUUUAGAUGAUCUCAAACAGGAGUUGGAUAUCGAUUUUCAUAAAAUCUCUCCUGAGGAAUUGUAUCAGCGCUUUCAGACACAUCCCGAGAAUGGUCUAAGUCACGCCAAGGCCAAGGAGAACUUGGAGCGCGAUGGUCCCAAUGCGCUGACGCCACCCAAGCAGACACCCGAAUGGGUGAAGUUCUGUAAGAACCUGUUCGGUGGCUUUGCCAUGUUGCUGUGGAUCGGUGCUAUUCUCUGCUUCGUGGCCUAUUCUAUCCAGGCCAGCACCAGCGAGGAGCCGGCCGACGAUAAUUUGUAUCUGGGUAUUGUACUUUCCGCUGUCGUCAUUGUGACGGGCAUUUUCUCAUACUAUCAGGAAUCGAAAAGUUCUAAGAUCAUGGAAUCGUUCAAGAACAUGGUACCCCAGUUCGCCACCGUCAUCCGCGAGGGCGAGAAACUCACGCUGCGCGCUGAGGAUCUCGUCCUGGGCGAUGUCGUUGAGGUGAAGUUCGGCGACCGUAUCCCCGCUGACAUCCGCAUCAUCGAGGCGCGCACCUUCAAGGUGGACAACUCCUCGCUGACCGGCGAGUCGGAGCCGCAAUCCCGCGGCGCAGAGUUCACCCAUGAGAAUCCGCUGGAGACCAAGAAUCUGGCCUUCUUCUCCACCAACGCCGUCGAGGGCACUGCCAAGGGUGUGGUCAUCAGCUGCGGUGAUCACACUGUCAUGGGCCGCAUUGCUGGCCUUGCCUCCGGCCUGGACACUGGUGAGACGCCCAUUGCCAAGGAGAUCCACCAUUUCAUCCACCUGAUUACCGGCGUGGCCGUGUUCCUUGGCGUCACCUUCUUCGUGAUUGCCUUUAUCUUGGGCUACCACUGGCUGGACGCUGUCAUCUUCUUGAUUGGCAUCAUCGUCGCCAACGUGCCCGAGGGCCUGCUGGCCACCGUCACCGUGUGCCUGACCCUCACCGCCAAACGUAUGGCCUCCAAGAAUUGUCUGGUAAAGAAUCUGGAGGCCGUGGAGACCCUAGGUUCCACAUCGACCAUCUGCUCCGAUAAGACCGGCACCCUCACCCAGAACCGCAUGACGGUCGCUCACAUGUGGUUCGACAACCAGAUCAUCGAGGCCGACACCACUGAGGAUCAGUCGGGUGUUCAAUACGAUAGAACCAGCCCUGGAUUCAAGGCGCUCUCUCGCAUUGCCACUCUCUGUAACCGUGCCGAGUUCAAGGGAGGCCAAGAUGGUGUGCCCAUCCUCAAGAAGGAGGUCAGUGGAGAUGCCUCCGAGGCCGCUCUGCUCAAGUGCAUGGAACUGGCCCUUGGCGACGUAAUGAAUAUUCGCAAGCGCAACAAGAAGAUUGCCGAGGUGCCGUUCAACUCCACCAACAAGUACCAGGUAUCUAUUCACGAAUGCGAGGAUGCCAACGACCCUCGCUACUUGCUCGUAAUGAAGGGAGCUCCUGAGCGUAUCCUAGAGCGCUGCUCCACCAUCUUCAUCAACGGCAAGGAGAAGGUACUGGAUGAGGAAAUGAAGGAGGCUUUCAACAAUGCCUAUAUGGAACUCGGAGGACUGGGUGAGCGUGUGCUCGGCUUCUGUGACUUUAUGCUGCCCUCCGACAAAUAUCCCUCCGGCUUCAAAUUCAACACCGACGACAUUAACUUCCCCAUCGAUAACCUGCGCUUCGUCGGCCUCAUGUCCAUGAUUGAUCCUCCCCGUGCCGCCGUGCCCGAUGCCGUGGCCAAGUGCCGUUCGGCCGGUAUCAAGGUCAUCAUGGUUACCGGCGAUCACCCUAUCACUGCCAAGGCCAUCGCCAAGUCCGUCGGCAUCAUCUCCGAGGGCAACGAGACCGUCGAGGACAUUGCCCAGCGACUGAACAUCCCCAUCUCGGAAGUGAAUCCCCGCGAGGCCAAGGCCGCCGUCGUCCACGGCGCCGAGCUGCGUGAUGUGUCCAGCGAUCAGUUGGAUGAGAUCCUGCGCUACCACACCGAGAUCGUCUUUGCCCGUACCUCACCCCAGCAGAAACUGAUCAUUGUCGAAGGUUGCCAGCGCAUGGGUGCUAUUGUGGCCGUGACUGGUGAUGGUGUCAACGAUUCUCCAGCUCUGAAGAAGGCUGAUAUUGGUGUUGCCAUGGGUAUCGCCGGCUCUGAUGUGUCCAAACAGGCUGCUGACAUGAUUCUGCUCGACGACAACUUCGCCUCCAUUGUGACUGGUGUGGAGGAGGGUCGCCUGAUCUUCGAUAACCUGAAGAAGUCCAUCGCCUACACCCUGACCUCCAACAUUCCCGAAAUCUCGCCUUUCCUGGCCUUCAUCCUCUGCGACAUACCACUGCCACUGGGAACCGUGACGAUUCUGUGCAUCGAUUUGGGCACUGACAUGGUGCCAGCCAUUUCAUUGGCCUACGAACACGCCGAAGCCGAUAUUAUGAAGCGUCCGCCACGUGACCCCUUCAACGAUAAAUUAGUGAACUCAAGGUUGAUUUCGAUGGCUUAUGGACAGAUCGGUAUGAUCCAAGCCGCCGCCGGCUUCUUUGUGUACUUCGUCAUCAUGGCUGAGAACGGCUUCUUGCCCAUGAAACUGUUUGGCAUUCGUAAGAUGUGGGACUCGAAGGCAGUCAACGAUCUAACUGACUCCUACGGACAAGAAUGGACCUACCGCGACCGCAAGACCUUGGAGUACACCUGCCACACGGCCUUCUUUAUCUCGAUUGUGGUUGUGCAAUGGGCCGAUCUGAUCAUCUGUAAGACGCGUCGUAACUCCAUCUUCCAGCAGGGCAUGCGUAACUGGGCUUUGAACUUUGGCCUGAUCUUUGAAACCGUGCUGGCCGCGUUCCUCUCGUACUGCCCGGGCAUGGAGAAGGGUCUGCGUAUGUACCCCCUGAAACUCGUCUGGUGGUUCCCGGCUAUUCCAUUUGCGCUGGCCAUCUUCAUCUAUGACGAGACCCGUCGCUUCUACUUGCGUCGCAACCCCGGAGGCUGGUUGGAGCAGGAGACAUACUAUUAAACACCCACACUGCUACACUCCCACACACAUAGCCACAUGCCCCCACACACACACACAGAAACACGCCCACACCCACACCCACAUGGGAAAACACCUAAAAACCAUGGAGAGCAACAAAUAGUAAUGUUUAUGAACCACAAAAUCCACACAACCACAGUAAUAGCAACAGCAGCAGCAGCAACGGCAAGAACAACAGCUAAAGAUAGCUACAGCAAAAACAUAUUACAAUAUAUUUUAUUUUUUUAAUUUAAUUAUUUAAAGUAAACGAGGAGAAACAAAAAUGCAAGCGAUAAUUAUUUUAAACGUUAAGUAAAUUUAAAUUAUAAAUUAAAGCUAAAAAUAAGAUUUAAAUAAAGUAUAAAUGAAAAUAAAACAAAAACGAACAACAAUUUCGAAACAAACACCAAUCACAACCAGACAAGAACAACCAGUAACUAAGCAAACAGUAACAACACCAUGUUUUUAGUAAAAUUAUUAACGUAACGAACUGGAAAACGAUUAUUUAAGCCGAAGCUUAUCGAACAAUAACAAGAUCCCAAAAGAAAAGCUAAAGGCAUUCACACAUACACACUCGCACAGGCACACUCACAAACACCUACACACACCGAUACACAACGCAUGACGAGACAAAGUAUAUAAGAAGUUUAGAGAAAUUAUAAAACGAAGUAAAUAAAAAAGUAAAAGAGGAAAACAAAACAAUGAAAAACCUUAGCGUAGUUACCAAUUAAGCCGUGAAGAGUAAACCCCAAUAAAAACCACAACAACAACCAAAAACAAAAAGAACAGAAAUUAAUUUGCAAACUUGUGUGUGUAAACGCAGCUUAGCGCAGAAGAACGAAAUAUAUAUAUAAACAGAAAAAAACCACAACAAAAAAUGUGAACCGACACGAGGAAUAUAAUUGUUUAUAUAUAUACACACAUAUAUUAUAUGGAAAAAUUUGAUUAUAUAAAUGGAGCUAUACAAUACACCAAAAAAAAAAGCAAACGAAAAACAAAAUUGAAUCCAAACGAAAACGACAGAUCUGCGCCGGAGAUGGGUAUCUGAGCGAUAUUUGGAGGCCCGCCGGCGAUUCGCGGAGAAUCUGCAGAAAAGAGUUUGUUAAAAUCUAAAGAAACCAACUAAAUGUUUAUAAAUAAACUCCUUAAACCAAUUGACAUGCAAUAUUAUGCUUUGUGUGCAUUUAAGCCCAAAAGAACCGAUGCAGAGAAUACGGUGGGGUUAAGUCCCCCGAUAUCGAUAUCGAGAUACAGAUACCGUUACCGAAACCUAGCCCCAGAACAAAAAACAAAACGAAAACAAAAACAAAACCAAACAAAAAAGCGCCCACAAAAUAAAUGUUUGUAAUUUUUACACGGCACAGCGCCCCAAAAUGGGGCAAGCCCAAGGCAGUAUUGUGUUUACUUUUUCUUUGAUUGUUUUUUAUCGCUUUCCCCGCCCACACACGCCCCCAAAAACAAAAACAAAUACAAACACACACACUCGCGCAGAGGCAGUAACGAACGGUUGAGCGGUCAAAUUGUUGGCCACCCACAUUGAAAUUCAACGAAUUACACAGCUUGGUAUUGUCGUUAUCAAAUGAGUGGGUCUGACAAAGCGGCCGCUGGCUAAUUGAGAUUUCUGAAUUGUGAAAAAUGAAUCAGAAAGCGAUAUUUGGAUAUAUGUAUGUGGAUAUUCAUUACGAUCGGCUAGAACGACCGACGGUCACACCCACGCAGAGAGAUACGCCCAGGCAAACGAGUUUGAUUCGCUGCUGUUUUUGUUUUCCAACUGUCUUGUUUUCUAACUUAGUAAAGAUGAUCAUUAGCAUUGGAGAUAACGAUAAUUAUGGCAUGUUAGUUAUGAAAGAAAAUGAAAAACUAAACAAAAUUAUUAUUAUUAGUUGUUAACAAAUUAUAUUGAGUAAUUAAUAAUAUUGAUCGAUGGAAGCUGAUGUGAAAGAGAUAUGAUACUAAACUAAAAAACGAAGCAAAAUAAAAAAAAACCAAACGAGGACAAAAACAAAAGAUAAAUAACUCAUAAUAUGGACUACAAAUAUUUAUAAACAAAUGCAGAAUUAUAUAAACGUUCGAUGGUAAAAGCAAGAACUUGAAACAAAAACAAAAACCAGAACAAAUUUGUCAACAACACGCAGAAGUAAAAAUUUGCAUGUAACAACAAAACAAUGAGUAAACAUUUUUAAUUUUUUGUUCUUUCGCCCUCCGCUGUAAAUGUAUUUGUAGAUUUAAACAAUGAUUAAAAUAAAAAACUACAUAAAUAAAACUUAAAAAAAAAACAAA